UUGGAUCAACCCAAUUGCUGCAAUUACAAUGUAUAGUGUUCUGUUCUAAAACCAAAACUCUGUUUCCCAUUAUGCACUUUCGAUACAGUUGUUGUUCAUGAUAAGACGAUUUUCACACUCUGGAGGAAACUAAGGUAUCGGAAAUAUGUAGACAUAAUUAGAAGUUCAAGCAUUAUAACUGGUUGCAACUAUUUUUACAUUUCAUAGAAAUGUAAAGUAAUUGAAAAUUUGAAAUUGAUACGAUCAGGUUCUGUUUCCCUAAGUCAUUCCAUUUCUUUUAAACUUUGUUGAUGGAAUUCUUAACUAGAUUCCUCUGUUAUCUGCAAGCUAGCUAAAACAAAAACAAGGGUUCACCAUGUCCGGCCCAGGGGUACGGUUGCACAUCCAAGAUCACCAUGUGGUGAUGGAUAAUGGCAUAGUCCAGGUUACGCUAUCAAAUCCAGGUGGGAUUGUCACCGGGAUACUAUAUAAUGGUGUUGACAAUUUGCUUGAAGUUCUAAACAAGGAGUCUAAUAGAGGGUACUGGGACCUUGUUUGGAGUGCGCCAGGAAGCAAAGGGAUCUUUGAUGUGAUUCAAGGAACUUGUUUUAAAGUUAUAGUUCAAAAUGAGGAACAGGUGGAGCUUUCUUUCACAAGAAUGUGGGAUCCUUCUCUAGAGGGAAAAUUUGUCCCCUUAAAUAUUGACAAAAGAUUUAUAAUGCUCCGCGGUUCAUCUGGCUUCUACUCUUACGGAAUUUAUGAGCACUUAAAUGGAUGGCCAGAUUUUGAUCUCGGUGAAACGAGGAUUACUUUCAAGCUAAGAAAAGACAAGUUUCAAUACAUGGCUAUGGCAGACAACAGGCGAAGGAUUCUUCCUUAUCCAGAAGAUCGGUUACCUGGAAGAUGCAAAACCUUGGGCUACGCAGAAGCUGUCCUACUAACCAAUCCCAAAGACCCACAUUUGCAAGGAGAGGUGGAUGACAAGUAUCAGUAUUCAUGUGCAAACAAGGAUAAUCGAGUUCAUGGGUGGAUAUCUUUUAGUCCACCAGUAGGCUUCUGGCAGAUCACACCUAGUGAUGAGUUUCGUUCUGGUGGACCCCUCAAACAGAAUUUGACCUCACACGUAGGCCCCACCACACUUGCAAUGUUUCUUAGUGGUCACUAUGCGGGACAAGAUUUGGUGCCUAAAAUUAGAGGUGGUGAAUCAUGGAAGAAGGUUUUCGGUCCUGUAUAUAUUUAUCUCAAUUCUGCACCAGUUGGUGACGACCCACUUUGGUUAUGGGAGGAUGCAAAAAUACAGAUGAUGAAUGAAGUUCAAAGUUGGCCAUAUCAUUUCCCAGCUUCAGAGGAUUUUUUAAAAUCGGAUCAGCGGGGCAACGUCAGUGGCAGAUUACUUGUCUUAGACAAGUACAUCUGCACAGACUUAAUAUCAGCAAAUGGUGCUUAUGUUGGCCUGGCCCCACCUGGAGAUGCAGGGUCAUGGCAAAGAGAAUGCAAGGACUAUCAAUUCUGGACCAGAGCGGAUGAGAAUGGAUUUUUUACCAUUAGAAAUGUACGUCCAGGCGACUAUAACCUUUUUGCUUGGGUGCCUGGCUUUGUUGGGGACUACAAAUUUGUAGAUUCUAUGAAGAUAACGCCAGGUUCCUACACUGAAUUGGGUGAACUUGUAUAUGAGCCUCCAAGAGAUGGUCCCACAUUGUGGGAAAUAGGUAUUCCUGAUAGAUCAGCUGCGGAAUUUUAUGCUCCUGAUCCGAAUCCCCAAUACAUUAAUAGGCUUUUUAUCAACCACCCAGACAGGUUCAGGCAGUAUGGAUUGUGGGAAAGGUAUACAGAACUGUAUCCUGAUGCAGAUUUGGUUUACACAGUUGGUGUUAGUGACUAUACGAAGGAGUGGUUUUAUGCGCAGGCUCCGAGGAAAAAAGAGGAUAACACUCUUCAAGGGACCACCUGGCAAAUCAAGUUCGAAGUCAGAAGCGUGGUUAAGGGAAGUACAUACAAACUGAGAGUUGCAAUUGCAUCUGCAACAUUAGCUGAAUUGCAGAUUAGAGUAAAUGAUCCCAAUUCUGCGCGACCCCUAUUUACCAGUGGAUUAAUAGGAAGGGACAACUCAAUUGCAAGACUUGGAAUUCAUGGAAUCUAUUGGCUUUACAAUGUGAAUAUACCAGGUUCUCUUCUUAUUGAUGGCACAAAUACCAUAUAUUUUACGCAACCAAGAUGCACCAGUCCCUUCCAAGGUAUCAUGUAUGAUUAUAUUCGUUUGGAAGGCCCACCUUCUGAAGGAAUUUAAGUUAACCUUGGGACGUAAAUGAUACAAAAUGUUUACUAUAUAGUUGUAAACAUUGUAUGCGUCUUUUCUUUUUUUCUUUUUUCUGUAAUCUUCUGUUGUCGUUGUGUAUUUGUUUGGAUUUUGUUUGAUAUUCACGAGCAUUCUGAAAGCACACAUGAUUUUUUUGUUUGACUAAAUCAUCCGCCUUUCAAGUGCACGGGUAGAUUGCCAAGGAUAAAUAGCCACUGUAAGCUAUAUAGAGUUAGUUGUAUGAGAAAGAAUGAAUAAUUAGUUACUAAAAUUA